CAAAGAGGAGAUAGAAUCAGGGGCAGCUGGAGUCAAGCAAGAGCGAAGGAACGCAUUCAUGCUGAAGGGUAGCCAUCCCAUCCAAGGAUCAUAAGACAGGAGGAAAGGGAGGCAGGUGCCCCCCUGCCCAACAGGCACCGAGAUUGAAAACCUCUCCCCGCAGAGUGAGAUAAUGACUCUUUCUAGCAAGCAAAAUGUCUCGGACAGCGUGUUCUUCUCUGAAAGUGACAACAGUCUGUAUUUCACCUACAGUGGCCAGUCCAACACCCUGGAGAUCAGGGACCUCAAUUACCAGGUUAAUGGAGCUUCUCAGGUGCCAUGGUAUGAGCAACUGAUUGAAUUCAAGAUGCCUUGUCUAAGGAACCAAGGCCGGGAUUCCCUGGUGCCUGUUAUCCAGAAUCUGAAUCUGAAAGUGAGAAGUGGGCAGAUGCUGGCCAUCAUCGGGAGCUCCGGUUAUGGAAAGGCCUCGCUGCUGGACAUAAUUACCUGCAGAGAACACGGAGGCAAAAUUAAGUCGGGCCAAAUUCUAAUUAACGGGCAGCCCAGCACACCCCAGCUGGUCAAGAAGUGCAUCGCCCACGUGCGGCAGCAAGAACAGCUUCUCCCCAACUUGACCGUCUGGGAGACCUUAUUAUUUGUCUCCCAGCUCCGCCUAUCAAGAACCUCUUCAGAUGCACAGCGCAAAAAGAGGGUAGAAGACGUGAUAGCUGAGCUCCGGCUGCGGCAGUGCGCCCACACGCGAGUGGGGAAUGAGUACAUAAGGGGAGUCUCAGGGGGGGAGAGGAAGCGAGUCAGCAUUGGCGUGCAGCUACUGUGGAACCCUGGAAUCUUAAUAUUGGAUGAGCCUACAUCAGGCUUGGACAGCUUCACAUCCCAUAACCUUGUGAAAACUUUAUCUCGGCUGGCAAAAGGCAACAGAUUAGUGCUGAUAUCGCUUCAUCAGCCUCGCUCGGAUAUCUUCAAGUUGUUUGAUUUGGUCCUUCUGAUGACUUCUGGGACCACCAUCUACUCAGGAACAGCCCGGGACAUGGUCAAGUAUUUCACAGACAUUGGCUACCCCUGUCCAAGGUACAGCAAUCCUGCAGAUUUCUAUGUUGAUUUGACCAGCAUCGACAGACAGGACAGACAAAGAGAAAUGGCCACCAGGGAGAAGGUCAAGUCCCUCGCUGCCUUGUUUCUGGAUAAAGUCAAAGACUUUGAUGACUUCCUGUGGAGAUCUUCUGAAGGAGAGCUCUCGGAGGACCUGAGGCCUCCUCUCACUACAGAGAAGACCAUUAACUUAUCAUCACCUUUUGACCACCAGCUACCAGGGACAAUACAACAAUUCACCAUUCUACUGCGUCGACAGAUUUCCAAUGACUUCAGGGACCUGCCAUCAUUGUUGAUCAAUUGGUUAGAGGCCCUUUUGAUGUCCAUGAUAAUUGGAUUUCUAUAUUAUGGCCAUGGAGAAAUUCAGCGCUCCUUCAUGGACACAGCUGCUCUCCUGUUCAUGAUUGGGGCUCUGAUUCCCUUCCCAGUGAUUCUGCAUGUUAUUGCAAAAUGUCACUCCGAAAGGGCAAUGCUUUAUUAUGAACUUGAAGAUGGGAUGUAUUCUGCUGGUCCAUAUUUCUUUGCUAAGAUUUUAGGAGAGCUUCCAGACCACUGUGUUUAUGUGCUCAUUUAUGGGAUUCCAAUCUAUUGGCUAGCAAACCUCCGACCAGAGCCAGAAUAUUUCAUCCUGAGCUUCUUGAUGAUCUGGCUUGUGGUCUACUGCAGUCGGACCAUGGCACUAUGGUGUGCUGCUUCACUUCCCACCCUGCACAUGUCCUACUUCUUGGUCAAUGCUUUGUUCAACUCAUUUUACCUAGCAGGGGGCUUCAUAAUAAGCUUAGACAACUUAUGGACAGUACCAGGUUGGAUUUCCAAAGUAUCCUCUCUCCGAUGGUCUUAUGAAGGAUUAAUGCAGAUUCAAUUUAUUGGAGUCACUCACAAAGUACAGGUUGGAAACCUAACCAUCCCACUACCAGGAGAAGUUAUAGUUGAUGCUCUGCAUCUGAAUUCACACCCAUUAUACGCUAGUUAUGUCAUUAUUAUUGGCACUAGUAUCGGCUUUUUUGUCUUGUACUAUUUGUCCCUACGAUUCAUCAAGCAGAAAUCAAGCCAAGAUUGAAGCCCUGGAAUGUGCUGCAGGUUGCGGUGUGGGCUUGAGCUAUACCACUAACGCACUCUCCCUGGAGAAGUCUGACUGAAGUAGCCCAGAGACUCACCAUCCACAGUACCGAUCCUCAUCCUCUGGACCAUAAGAUGAUGCAGUGGUACUUGCAGGCCACAGGAUGGCAGCAGAAUAAAGACAGUUUAAAGUCGAUUUCAAAUCUUGGGCAGAUCUCCUGUUAUUGGAACAUCGAUGUGUCUCUUUGGUGGAGCGUACAAAAUCAGUAUUUUCCUCUGGGCCCAUUAUUUGAUAUAGGUAUAAGAUGUGGACAAAUCACACCUGAAGUGGUUCUUCCUAUUAUUUUGGAACAUGAGAUGGGGCCAAGUGGAAAUCUAGAAAUAAUUUUUGGGUUAAAAUUCUGUAAAACAGAUGAAAAGCUGAUAAUGGCAAAUCUCUCAGCAAUUUAACUGAAGAUGUAGGAGAAAAUAUGUGUAUGUACCAGAGGCAGUGUGCUGGUCUUGUGCAAGGUUUCUGAGGUUUACAACUAACGUGAUGGUAUAGUGAAGUGGGUUGGGUUUUGGAUUAGGAGCAUAUGGGUUCAAAUCCUGCCUUGGAAAGGUCACUUCCCCUUCUGAGCAUUUGUAAAUGAUACUGGUCUGUCAGAUCUCUCUGAAUCUGUGAUCUUGGAACGGGCAAUUCUAUUUUACUUGUUGCAACACCUUAUAUCCAAACAACGCCAGAUAAACUAGGAGUCCCUUAACACAGAGAUAGGCAGGCAGCGAGGUGAUCCAGUGAAGGAUGGAGCUCCAAGUUUGAAAACAGCAAGCUCUCAAUUCAAAUCCAGCCUCAGUUUCCCUGGGUGUCUUUUAUAUUAAAUGGAGAUUAUUAUAGCACCUCCCUCCCAGGGUGGGUGGGAGGGUAUAAAGGGAGCCAUUUGUGAGCACUCUGUAAAUGCUAUUAUCCUGUACACAGACAAGGAUAGUAAUGUGAAAAUGCCCUAAGCCCAGGAGCUGGUUCCCAUUUUGGUGAAUACAGAAGCAUGAACUAGCAAGUAAGCCAUAGCUUCUCACCACGCACCCCCAUUAAGCUGCAGGUGUGUGAGAGUGAGGGGUGGGGAUGGUGGAGAAUCACCAUUGCAAUCCGAGCUCUUUUAGGAUCACAGGAAGUCAAGAGCUGGAAGGGAGUUUAGACAAUCCGGGCUAAUCCCCACAUUCUCCACAUUAAGAAGCUGUGCCCAAGACUUGGCCAAUGGUUUCAUCAGUGCCUGAGUCAUAACUAGGCAGGUGCUAGUGAGUGCUUCAGGUCUGACCCGGCAGCUUUCUGUCCUCGCUACCUAAUGCAUCAUUAAAAGCAAAAUGAGUCUGUCAAUAAAAUUA